CGCUCAACAACACCGACGUGUGCUCCACACUGCUUCGUCACGAGCCUGAUAUGCCAUGACUGUACACUCUGCAGUCUGAAGUUCUUCACACGCGCCGCUGCUGAGCGACAAGCAUACUAACCGCCAACAUGGGAGACGCUGUGGUCGGCAUCAUUGGCAUGGGAGACAUGGGAAAGAUGUACGCGAGGAGGAUAGCAGACGCCGGAUGGAAAGUCCACGCCUGCGAUGUCCCCGACAAGUUCGAAGCCCUUAAGGCCGAGUUCGCCAGCAGAAAGAAUGUUACAAUUUUUGAGAACGGCCACUACGUGUCCCGCAGUAGUGACUGGAUCAUGUAUAGUGUUGAAGCAAAGAACAUUGAUGCCAUUGUCGCCCGGUAUGGCCCAAGCACAAAGAUGGGCGCCAUCGUUGGCGGCCAAACCUCCACCAAAGCCCCAGAAAUUGCCGCCUUUGAGAAGCACCUCCCAGCCGAUGUCGAGAUCGUAUCCUGUCACUCGCUCCACGGCCCAGGCGUCAACCCCAAAGGCCAACCUCUCGUCAUCAUCAACCACCGCGCCAGCCAGAAAUCCGUGGACCUUGUCGAAAAGAUCCUCUCUUGUUUUGAAUCAACAUUUGUCCCGCUGUCUGCCGAGAAGCACGACCGAAUCACAGCGGAUACCCAAGCAGUCACCCAUCUCGCCUUCCUCUCCAUGGGCACAGCCUGGUGUGCCAAUGACCAAUUUCCGUGGGAGGUGCCGCGCUAUAUCGGCGGUAUCGAGAAUGUGAAAAUCAACCUCAUGAUGCGAAUCUACAGUAACAAGUGGCACGUGUAUGCUGGUCUCGCGAUCUUGAAUCCUGCUGCGAAAGCUCAGAUCAGACAGUAUGCGGAGAGCGUGACGGAUCUGUAUAAAAUGAUGCUAUCAGGCCAGACCGAGCAGUUUUCGGAAAGAAUAUAUGCUGCGAGGGAUGCUGUAUUCGGAGCUGAUGCUGGGACAAAGAAGCAGAAGAAGAAGAGUAGUAGUGGCGGAAAUGACGAUGAGGAAGAGACAGAGGAAGAGGAAGAACUUUUGCUCGAAGAUGAAUUACUGGACAAAUUCAGUCUGGGCGACAAACCUCAACAGAGAGUGAAGAACAACCACCUGAGUCUUCUGGCCAUUGUGGACUGCUGGUGGAAACUGGGCAUCGUACCCUACGAUCAUAUGAUCUGUUCGACUCCUCUCUUCCGCCUCUGGCUCGGCAUCACCGAAUACGUCUACCGCUCUCCCUCCCUACUCUCCGAAUGCAUCGACACAGCCCUCCACGACGUAUCCUUUCGCGCCGACGAUUUGGAAUUCACGUUUGCGGCGCGCGACUGGUCCGAGUGCGUGCAAUUGGGUCAUAUGGAUGGUUAUCGGGAGAAGUUUGAGAAGAUUCAAAAAUACUUUGCUCCGAGAGUCGAGGAUGCCACUAAGGUGGGGAAUGAAAUGAUUAAGACGAUUGAGGCAAAUUUGAAGGAGAAGAGGAUGAGGAAGAAGGGGGAGGAGGCGAGGGGGUGAUGAGAAGGGGACGAUGGUUUUGUGUCUGGUUUUCUCCCCAAUGUUCAUGUGUGUAUAUGAUGAAGGUGCUUUUCGAUAACUGGAGUGCGGUGCCGUGGUGUAGAGGAGGCUAGCUUGCUUUACCUUCCAUGUUCUUCGUAGACAUUGAC